AUGGCCGGGAGCGUGGUCGGCGAGCCGGUGGUGCCGGGGCAGAGGGUGACGGUGCUGACCAUCGACGGUGGCGGCAUCCGGGGGCUCAUCCCCGGCACCAUCCUGGCGUUCCUGGAGGCCAGGCUGCAGGAGCUGGACGGGCCGGAGGCGAGGCUGGCGGACUACUUCGACUGCAUCGCCGGCACGAGCACCGGCGGGCUCAUCACCGCCAUGAUCACCACGCCCGGCGAGGACAAGCGCCCGCUCUUCGCCGCCAGGGACAUCAACCGCUUCUACUUCGACAACUGCCCGCGCAUCUUCCCUCAAAGGCGUUGUGGCAGUAGGAGCAGUCUUGCGGCGGCGAUGUCGGCGCUGAGGAAGCCAAGGUACAACGGCAAGUACCUGCGCAGCACGAUCAGGAGCAUGCUCGGCGAGACGAGGGUGAGCGACGCGCUGACCAACGUCGUCAUCCCCACCUUCGACAUCAAGCUGAUCCAGCCCAUCAUCUUCUCCACCUACGACGUCAAGAACAUGCCACUGAAGAACGCGCUGCUCUCCGACGUGUGCAUCAGCACGUCCGCCGCACCGACCUACCUCCCGGCGCACUACUUCCAGAUCCAAGACGCCGGCGGCAAGACUCGCGAGUACAACCUCAUCGACGGCGGUGUCGCCGCCAACAACCCGACGAUGGUCGCGAUGACGCAGAUCACCAAGAUGAUGCUGGCCAAGGACAAGGAGGAGCUGUACCCGGUGAAGCCGGAGGACUGCCGCAAGUUCCUGGUCCUGUCGAUCGGGACGGGGUCGACGUCCGACGAGGGCCUCUUCACGGCGCGGCAGUGCUCCCGGUGGGGCGUCGUCCGGUGGCUCCGCAACAACGGCAUGGCGCCCAUCAUCGACAUCUUCAUGGCGGCCAGCUCGGACCUCGUCGACAUCCACGCCGCCGUGCUGUUCCAGUCGCUCCACAGCGACGGCGACUACCUCCGCCUCCAGGACUCGCUCCGCGGCGCCGCCGCGACCGUCGACGCCGCCACGCCUGAGAACAUGCGGACGCUCGUCGGGAUCGGGGAGCGGAUGCUGGCGCAGCGGGUGUCGAGGGUCAACGUGGAGACAGGGAGGUACGAGCCGGUGCCCGGGGAAGGGAGCAACGCCGACGCGCUCGUCGCGCUCGCCAGGCAGCUCUCCGACGAGAGGAGGGCGCGGAUCGCGCGCCGCGCAGCCGCCGCAUGCGCCGGCGGCUCCAGAUGCUGCUCCCCUGUCAAAACUUAG